AUGUCAUCACCGCUCACACCUAUUGACGACGAGCCUACUACUCCCAGGUUAGAUGGGGUCGACGAGAGACCCUCAAUUCUUGGUAUUACAGAAGUUAAAGUCAAAAAUACUGUACCCGAGCGACCCUCUGAGCCCACAAUUUUUGACGCUACCCUAACUAGCUCGCCGAUAUUUGAAUUCUGUGAGGGCGACUUUCAACGUUUAUACCCAGCGGACAGGGAUGAAGAUGGGUGUGUCACGGAGCCAAUUAAGCCUGUGGACUUUGAGGAUCCAUAUUUGUUCCCGACAUUGACAAAAAAUGAGUUGAUACGCCUCAAAUCAUUGUGGUACUACGGACGGUACAUAGAAAAUGAUACAUACUUGUUAUCAUGUUUGCAAGAUCAAGUAGACUUGGUGAAUGAUUUCAUGGAGAAGGAUUGUGUGAUCCUUGGCCUACUCGAUCACGACUACUAUCGGAGAGUCGUAACUGCAAAUGUGCCCUUAGCCAUCUUACCCCGUCGGGAGGCUACUUGCGCUCAUACGGUCUUACAUGAUGGAGGGAGGGUGUUUAUGGUGAAGGAUAUGGAAAAAGACUGGAGGUUUAUGGCUUCACCCCAUGUCGAGGCCGGUCUAAAAUUCUAUGCAGGGACACAAUUGAGGUACAAGAUACCUGGGACCAAUUGUGAAAUCGCUUUUGGGUCUCUUUGUGUCGCCAACUUCUCAGCAACUCAGCCUCUAAGCCUUCGACAACAAAAUGCGCUCAUGAAAUUCGCCGAUAUCAUCGUCCAUACUAUCAUUGAGCGAACUCGAAGUAUGAGGCUUGCAGAAAGAGAACGACUUACAUCGAUACUCGGACAUCUAACAAAAACUGCUGAGCCGAAGACCAUCAGAGAAACCGCUUUGCAAACACUACGAGAAACGUAUCCCUUCGCUUCCGUCAGUAUUCAGAGCCACCAUGAUGACUACCUUUCCCUCAAGAAUCGGCAUUUACCUAUUUCAUACUCCGAUUUUCGGGAAAAUAUUUGGGAAGAUGACGAGGGCCUCAAUAAUUGGAUUGCAGGACACAACAAUAUACCGUAUAAAAGAUCGGAAUGCGACCCUAGUGUUCGAGCUAUCGCAGUCAGGAUGAAAUCUGAUCCAAAAUCAUAUGUGGUGGUAGAAACCAGCCAGAUGAAGCAGAUAUUCGAUGAAGUAGACUCUUGGUUUGUCGGCGCAGUCACACUUCUUGUCUGUAAUACCAUUCAGGAAGAACUGUUAAAUCAGACUAUGGAUGCAAAAUCUCGUUUCCUAAGAGGAAUUUCCCACGAACUCAGAACACCAAUACAUGCCAUACUAUCGUCCUGCGAGCUGCUCAUAGAAGAGAACAGAGGUAUAACGCCACCAACAAACUCACAGGAGCAUGUUGACUCCUUGAUGCUACCGAGACAAGCUUAUCUGUCAGAUAAAGCUCUCGCCAUGCUGAGUAACAUCGACAGUUCGGGCCGGGAGCUUCUUAACACUAUCAAUAACUUACUAGACUACGAUCAGUUCGAAAACAAGGCAAUAGUCAAAGUUAUGCAACUCCAUAGUUUCAAUAUCAUCGAGGAAGAAGUUCUGCGUGAAACUGCUUCUGGGUUCAACACUGACCAAGCAGUCACUCUAAUAUCUGACAACCGGCUGCCUCCAGAAGUUGAAAUGUUGAUGACGGAUUACAACCUGAUAAAGCAAUGCCUAGGGCAGCUAGUCCAAAAUGCUAUGAAGUUUACGAAUACCGGGACUGUGAUAUUCCAGACUACGCUGUCAGAACACCACGACAUCCUCGAGUACAACAUCGUGGACACUGGCAUCGGUAUUGCGGAUGAAGAUCGUGAAAAAAUAUUUCAACCAUUUGAGAAAGUGGACCCGACAGUGAGAGGCUCGGGUCUAGGGCUUCCGGUGGCAUCGCGGAUUGCAGAAGUUCUGGGAGGUAGUCUCAAGUUGAUAUCAUCGUGCCCCAGCGAUGGAUCACAUUUCAGGCUUCAAUUAGAAAAUCCAAUAUUGGCCUGCCCGAGACUUUCUUAUCGAAAACGUAUCCUGAUAAACUGCGAAAUGCCUCUUACGUACUUUAUGCCGAUCGAUAGACAACUCGAAACCGUUCACCUUACUUAUGCGGCCCGAAACUUGGAAAGAAUGGGGUUCAGAUGCAACGGACCGGACAAGGCAACAGUGGUUCUCGUUGAAGCUAAGAGUGCCACCGACACAUUUGCAAACCUACUUGGCUCUAUUCGACGCGACCAGAUUAUCAUAUACAUCUGCCAGAAUUACAGUGAGCUUCGAGACAGCGAGGAGGCGUUAAGUAAUGAGGACUAUACCAGGAGAUUCAUCCGUUGCCUCACCCCAGUUCGAAGAGGAAGACUUUGGCAGGUUGUAGAGGACGCCGUAAACGCCUACCGAGAUUUAGGUCUCAAAGACCCAAAGUUGCACCUCCCCGAACCAUCCAAACACUUUCUGGAAGGCCCUUCAAAAGUUCGAUCUGGACAAAACAUCCACGCGACCGCAAUUUCCACAGAAUCGUCGAAGACCCGACGGCGCCAUCAUGGACGCCGGCGUCUUGACGCAUUGCGAAUUCUCAUUGUGGAUGAUAACCCUACGAAUCUGGGUAUCCUCGUGAUGUAUUGCAAGAGACGUAAACAUGACUACGUUACCGCUGUAAACGGGAAGGAGGCGCAUCAAAAAUACUUGGAGGCAGCUGCAGAGGAUAAGUGCAUAUCCCUUGUCCUGAUGGAUUUGGACAUGCCAGUCAAAAACGGGAUUGAUGCGACGCACGAUAUCAGAGUCAGCGAGGCGACAGAAGGACUUCAACCGAGUAUGGUGUUUAUGGUUACUGGGCAAAAUACGGAUGAAGACAAGGAGAAGUCCGUAGCGGCUGGUGCCAACGGGUACUACGUGAAGCCGCUGAGUAUGAAGGCGCUUGACGACCUUAUAUCUCUACACUUUCCCCAGGAGUGA